GUGUAGUGACAAUAGAAACCAACAGGAACCGCUGAGUGGAAACCUGUAGACUGUAAACUGGGAGUAAUGUGUUUCUUAUAAGCGUCGUUGGAUUUGCUUACAACUUUACGGGAAGUCUUUGCUUUGUGCUUCUGCCUCUGGUUUCGUGCCUCCUUGGAUGUUGCGCCACGCUGCACACCGUUUGCCAACUGGCAUGUGAGGGAUCGCGUGCAGUUUACAGUGCGCUGGCACGAACACGUUUCUUCAGCCUUUUCAGUGGCAGGAACCCGGCCGAGCCGAUGAGUGCGCCCCACAUGUUCCUCUCAAACGUCUACAACAUGUUGUUCAUCACAUUUGCCAGAUGAUACCUGUUGAUUUUUCCUCGCACCAUGUCCUCCUGUCAGACUGAGCUGGACAAUGAAGUUAUGGGAUAGCCUGACCACUUGUUUGAUACUGCUGAGCGCCGUGCACGCCAGCCGGCUGCUCCGGAGCCGACCGCAGUCCUCUUCCACCGAGAGGAGAGGGCGCGCCGCCGAGAGUCCCCUGGAGCUCCCGCCGAUUCAGGGCCGCCUGUCUCUCGCUUCCCCGGGAAUGAGCCUUGCUGAGGCUGGUACAGCGGACUGGGAAAGGACGCUGGCUGAAGGAGAAAAAAACACCAUGGAGGAGUCCCCUACAAACGAGUUUAAGGACAUGGUGGAUUUAAUCAAAGGGACCAUCAGUAGAAUACGUCGUUCCUCCUCAUCCACUGUGUCCUCAUCUACCUCCUCCCCUACCUCUUCCCCCUCCGAAGAAGACCUGAGCAGCAGGACUCGACUCAGGAGGAAAAGGAAGAAGGGGGCAAGCCAGCAGAGUGGAGGAAGAAGAGGAAGAGCUAGAGGAGGGGAGACAGGAGGGAAGGUAAGGGGAGGUAACAGACGAGGACAGGGCUGUGUGCUCAAACAGAUCCACCUCAAUGUGACGGACCUUGGGCUGGGUUACAGCUCCAGCGAGGAAAUGAUAUUCAGGUACUGCUCCGGACCCUGCAGGAAGUCUGAGACAAACUAUGACAAAAUCCUUUAUAACCUCGCUCACAACAGGAGGCUUCCUCCUAAGGACACGCCCCCACAGACCUGCUGUCGGCCAAUAUCGUUUGAUGAUGACCUCUCGUUUUUGGACGACAACCUGGUGUACCACAUCGUGAGGAAGCACUCUGCCAGGAAGUGUGGCUGUGUGUAGGGAGCUGGUGUCAGGUGUUGUGUAGUUUAACAUACCCUCCCACUUUGAAGUUGAUGUUGAGUGUUUUUUCUUCUGUUUUUCCCACUGUGAGGAGACUUCCAGGCAUUACUUGUGGUCGAAUCCAGUCCAACCGUAAAGGAAUAAAUAAGGAAAGGAGUUUACAGUUUUAACCUCAAAGCAAGGAUCCUCUUCUUCUCCAUUGCUUAAUCCAAAUAUCCAUAAUUUCCUUCACAGUUCACACCUCACAUUGCUAAUAUGUUCAGUGUGAUUUUAAAUGUUUCCAUGGAUACUUUACCUUAAGGACUGAAAUCAGUCAGACACAAUGGAUGAUUCAGCAGACUCGUUCUGUCUAUUGUAUAGCACGUAUGUUACAUGGAAAAAGUUAUACACAUAUGAAAUGUAUUUAUGAAAACUUGAA